AUGGCCGUGUGUCAAACCUCGGAUGCAGCUGGACCUCCUGGCGAACUCGACCGCAUGGCACCAAACUGGGCGGCGAUCGGUUCAGCUGGCCCCCAGAAUGAACCGCAGUCGCUGCACGACCAUGUGCAAAGUGGAGCAGAGUAUCAUAUCGGUCUUGAGCAAGUGUUUCUAGAACUCUACACGGCACGGCACGAGAAUCUCGGCGCGGUCGCUGCUUCAGCUCCGCCACGGACUGAGCUGUUGGAUAUGCUCUGCAAGCAGAGACGAGGCGUGGUGACUUGGAUAAGGGAGCAUGUCGUCGAGUUGGAGAGCGUCCAACCCACCGUGGGACGCAAGGGCAAUCCGAUGGACCGAGCCUCAAGUGAGGGCGGAGCGAGGAGGGGCGAGCCGUCAGGGCGGAUGGGGUUGCAUGCACGCAGCCAAUCUAGCAGGGCAAAGUGGCGCCCAAAGCACGCAUUCCAUCCUUCCGUUCGAGCCGGAGCGCCGUCGGACCUGCUGUGCUCGGUGCCUGUUCUGUGCCUGCCACCCGAGGAUCGCUUGACCAGGCCGUGUGGGCACGGCUCGCUUCGUCUCAGGGCGGCGCUCUGCAAGCUCUUCGGAACACCCUCGUGUCUCGCAGAAGGGCAACGCAGCCCAUCGCAGCCGAGCCCACUAGCACGUCCCACUCUCCUUCGUCACACUCACCCAGUCACCACCGACGUCCGCCUCGCGCCUCCGCACUUGGCUCCUCCGCGUGUUGAGCCCAAGUAG